AUGGAACGAUAUCUCCUCGGAAUAACACGAAGGGAUAGAAAAGCGAAUAAAUGGAUCAGAGCUAAGACUGACCUUCCAGAUAUUGUGGAAAAGUUGCACAUCAGGAAGUGGAUCUGGACCGGACAUGUUAUUGUCGGCGAAGAUGGUAACACGACAACUGUGGUGGUCAAGAAGUCCUUGCUGACAGGUAUUCCGCAGAAAGACUACAUCCAUGACCCCAACCUUCCGAGAGAACUAAAGGGACACAAUCUCACGAACUACCCAUUUUACAACGCAGUCCCAGAGGACAUAGAAUUCGAAUGCGAUGGCCUCCACGAUGGGUUUUAUGCCAGUGUCCCACAUCAUUGCCAGCUUUAUCACCACUGCUUGUUUGGGACCAGAUAUGAUUUCUUAUGUGCCAACUAUACCGCGUUUGAUCAGAAAACGUUCAUCUGUCAUUUCGUAUCAGAAGUAGACUGUGCAAACUCUCCAAAAUACUAUGUUAGAAAUGAAGCACUUUACAAGGCUGCAUCUUCCGCUCCACCUUCUACAACUACAACAGCUACCACAACAACAACAAAACCUACUACAACAACCCGCAAACCUCGCAGAAGAAGACCAUCUAGAAGGAGGAGACCAUAUUAUGACUACUACUAUGACAGUGAAGAGUACGAUGAUGAAUAUUAUGAUGAAGAAGAGGAUGAUCCUCUUCCACCACCAAGGAAAUCUGGGAGGAAACAGAGGCCAUCACAGGUUGAAUCUGCAGGAACGAAAAAAAAGGAAGCAGAAACUACAACCACCACCACUACAACAGCGGCACCACCGCAAGCAGGAAAUGAACCACCGCUAACUCGAGCACCAGCAUCAGUGUACUCAAGGAACAGGAUACCCCCUAAGAUUCGGCCUCCUGUACCUGUAAAUGAGAAACAUAAGUACGAGUAUAAGACAACAACAGCGAACAAAGAUCUAGAUGAAGAUGAUGAAGAGUACUACGAUGAUGAAUAUGAUGAUCCCCCACCACCUCCUCCUAAAAAGAAGGACACCGGUCGUGAUAAGAUGAACCGUCGCAGACAGCAAGGAGGAAGGAAGCGACCAAGUAGAUUUGAAGAUGAUGAAUAUGAGGAUGAAGAAGAGGAAAGACCAAGAAGAAAAGGUAGCAGGAAAGAUGAUGAUUAUAGAAGACAUCGAAAUAGAAAAGGUGGUUACAGAGAUGAAGAUGAUGAUAGACCAAUGAGAGGAGGGUCUAGAAAACGGUAUCAAGAUGAAGUUAGGCGUGAAAGGAGGCCUCCAGCAGAAUAUGAAUACUAUGAUGAUGAAGAGGAAGAAGAAGAAAAAUAUGAAAGACAAAGACCAAGAAAACCUGAAAAAAGACCACGCACGACAACUAAGAAAUAUGAAAGAACUACAGAAGCACCAGAGGAUGAAUAUGAGGAGUAUGAAGAUGAAGAAGAUCUUAGGUCAAAUAAAAAAGAUGGAACUACACCUGCAUCACACAGAUUUUCAACCUCUUCCUAUAAAAAUGUAAAAUCUACUACUUCAAGACCUUCAAUAACAUACAAGAGAUCAAAACCAAAUUCGGAAUCUGAUAGAAGGCACAGACCAAUAACAAAAAGAGUUGAAUCAUCAACAGAAGAGACAACUACAUUUAAAAGACCAAUAGUCAUGAAACCAACAAUUUUUCCUGACAGAAAAUUUACGUCCAUUGUUGGAACUCCAACAGGAUUCAGAAAGCAAGAAGAAAAAAACACUGCUGAAGUAAUAACAGAAGCACCAAAAGAAGAAGAGAAAACAGAAUCAACAAGGAAACCUCAAGAUCAAUACAGAAAGUUUUCCAAUUUUAGACGGCAACAGGAUGAAGAAAGAAAGGAGAUUAGCAACUCAAGGUUUCCUUCAACCGCUAAGAGUGAAGAAAAAAUACCAAUGGCUAAAGAACAGGAUACCAGUGCUCAAAAAACAGAUGAGACAUUUACUUCUAGAAAUCCUAUUCGAGGUGAAGAUAACACAGCGACAUACAGAAAUCCAUCUAUCAGAACUCAAGAAUUUACUAGUAGAAAUGAGCCAAGCAGAAAUGAAGAAAUGAAUACAACACCCAAAACAUCACAGAGAGGAGAAGAACAAACCCAAACUUUUAGAAAACAACAGCUUAGAGGAUAUGACUCUAAUGAACCAAGCAGAAAUGAAGAAAUGAAUACAACACCCAGAACACUACAGAGAGGAGAAGAACAAACCCAAACUUUCAGAAAACAACAGCUUAGAGGAUAUGACACUAACGAGCCAAGCCGAAAUGAAGAAAUGAAUACAACACCCAGAACACCACAGAGAGGAGAAGAACAAACCCAAACUUUCAGAAAACAACAGCUUAGAGGAUAUGACUCUAUCCCAAGAAAUGAAGGUAAUACUAAUCCUUCCAGAAAUAAUUAUAGAGAUGAAAGUGCACCUCCAACUAGAACUUUUCCCUCAAGAGUACAAGAAAAUCAUAGUGAACAAAACAAUGAUGAACGUACAAACAAUGCAUUCCGAACUCCAACUAGGAACGAAGAACAAUCAUUCAGAAACCCAACAGUACAACAAGAACAGAGAAUAGAAACUCCAAUGAACCACUACAGAAACCCCUAUAGGCAAGAAGAGUAUACUAAUAAUUACAGGAACCCCACUGCUACUGCGGAUGAAGUUCAGUAUCAAGCCCCUACCUUUAGAAAUGAAGAUACUUUAAUAAAUUACAGGGCACCUUCAGCAAUAGCAAACUCAAAUUACAGAAAUCCACAUACAAGCGCUGAUGAAGGAGAAUAUAAGCCUACAGAAGAGCCAAAUUAUAAGAUCUCUAGCUUCAUCCCUAAUGAUGCUUACCAGAGGCAAGAAGUUAAGUGGCCACCAAAGGAAGAAUCUUUCAUCCCGAUACAACCCACUGUACAACCACCUUUAGAAAACAAGCCUUUCGUCACAGGGCCAGGCUCCGACCAGACACAAGAAGGAAGUGGUAAGUCAGGCUACCCACCAGCUAUAACAAGCCCCCCCAGAGGUUAUAGACGCUAUAACAAAAUGAAAGUAUCGAUCCGCCCUAAGCCAGUUACUGAAGAAAAUGUGGAAUAUAAUAAAUAUCCCAUUCCAGUUGAAGGACCAAAAGUUGAAUUCACUGCACCAGGUCCUUCUGCACCACAAGCAACUCCAAGACCUUAUUUGGAUCUUGAAGAAUAUGAUGUUACAUUGAAUGAUGCUCUGCAACCUUCAACACCUUAUUCUCGGCACAAAUCAAGAGGUUACCAAUCUUCUGUUACGAAUCCAUCUUAUAGAACAGGUUAUCUCUUGACAUCAGCAUCCCAGACCUAUCCAUCAAAGAUUCCCAGUGAAUAUGAAGCUGUUAUCGUUCCAUCCCAAAGAUUUUCAACGAAGCGAAGACCCCAUGAAUGGUAUUGGUAAGAGUUUUAAAUAUGAGAAAAUUUCAAAACAGGAAAAUUCCACUAUAGGCUUAAAAAAGCCUAUUAAAAUGAAAUUUAUUUAAUUGUGACGCCAUAAUUGGUUGUGUUAUUUUAGAAGUUUACUUGUAUUUAUGUAAAAAGAAAUGACAUCUUGGUCAUGAAGUAUUAAUAUUUCUGUACACAGGGAGAACUGUGUUAUUAAUAAUUCAGAAAACAAUCUAAACCAUUACUGACCAUUUUCGAAAAGAAAGUCGUAAUGUUAUGGAUCACUGUGCAUGUGAUAUGACUUAAUUUGAGUGAUCCAAAAAAUAAGAAAAUAAAAAUUAAAUCAUGUGUAUAUAUGUUAUUUAUAUGUCACUGUAAAAUUAUUAAACAAACUAAGAUCCAUUGUAAUAUAGAAAAUUAGUAUAAAUGUGAACUAAUUAUAGUUCAAGUAGACAGACGAGGAUGGCUGAUGAGGGAAAAACUUUGCUGAACUUUCCUGUACAAACUACAAAUAAACGUAUUUGUGGUUAUAGGUUUAAAUUGCACAGGAAAGUUCCAAAUGAAAAAAAGAAAGUUUUCUUUCAUGUAAGCAAAGACAAUCAUUGUUGAUAUGGUUGGAUUUUUUUUAUGUCUGUGAAAUGUAAAAAUAAAACUGGAUUCUUGGUAAUA